AUGAAUACAUUAAAUGAGAAACAAAAGGAAGCAAUGAAAGAGCUUUUAGAUGAAGAAUUUAAUAAAGUGAAUAUCAUUGGUUUUAAUUCAGGAAAGUUUGAUUUAAAUUUAAUUCUUCGUGAUUUAAAUACUGCAAAAUGGAAGAUAAAAUCAAUGCUGGGUUCUUCUUCUCAAUUUAAGCAAGUCAUAGUAAAGAAAACAAACUGUCCAUAUGAAUUAAGAUUUAUUGACAUCAGAAAUUAUAUAGCGGGUGGAACAUUAGACCAAUUCACUCAAGAUUUCGGAAACAAUAAAUCACGUGUUAAAUCCUUUUUCCCUUAUCAAUUCAUCACAUGGGAGAAUUACGAAGAUGAAUUAUAUAAAAAGGAACCAUUCACUCAAGAUUCAUUUUAUUCAGCAUUAACACAAGAAACAAUAUCCGAUUCAGAUUAUCAAAUAUAUCUCAAUGAUGCUAAAAACUUUAAGAAUAGAUUAGAAUAUUUUAUUCAUUAUUGCAAUAAAGAUGUUGAAAUUAUGAUUGACCCAAUUGAUAAAAUUAUCGAAGAAACAUUUGUUUAUAAAAUUGACAUGCUUCAUAAUCUUUCUUUAUCAUCGAAUGCAUCAAUGAUUCGUUACGCGUUAGCAUAUAAGAACUUCAAUCCUAACGAAACAUAUCCAGAAGAAGAAAAUGUGGAAUCAAGUUUUGAAUUAACAAAAAAGUAUUGGAAAUAUAAAAUUGAAUCAUAUAAGAAACAAGAUGAAAAAGCAGAAAGGGAUACUAAAAACAAUGUUUCAAUGGAUGACUAUCAAUACUAUCACGAUUUAAUCCUUUCAUCUAAAUGCAAAAUGUGUGGUAAAGCGUUUACAUAUGCAAAUAAACCAACAUUGGAUAGAAUAGAUAAUGAAAAACCACAUACCAAAGAAAAUUGUCAGUUAAUGUGUUGUUAUUGCAAUGUCGUAAAAUCAAAUA